AGGAGGUAGCCAAUUAAGAUAGAUCGCCAGCCGGGCAGUAGCUCUGAGACAGAUAGGAGAGAGAGAGAUCGAUCUGUAUCGUCGUCGAAGCUAGCGGAAGGGUACGUUACGUACGCAGCGGCCGGCCCCUCGCUGAUCGCGCGCGAUGGAGCGGCGGAGCGGCGGCGCGGGGAGCUGCCUGGGGCUGCUGGCGGUGGCCGCGGUGUCGACGAGCAUCAUCCUCGUCUCCUACCGCCUCCACCGCCGGCUGGAGGCGGACCUCAGGGCCAUGAUCCUCGGCGAAGGUGACGACGACGGAGCAGCGGACCACGACCGGCGCCGGCCGCGUGGCACGACGACGACGAGAAGGAAGAAGAAGGUGCGCUUCGCGGCCGACGUGGCGGAGCCGUCGUCCAACAGCGAGGAGUACCGGCGGCGGCGGGCGCGUCCGUCGACAACAGCCACCAGCGCAAGAAGAUAGCACGCCGCCGCUGCGCGUCAGCCCGGCGCCGCCUGCUCACCGCGGCACGCGUGAGCCGUACCCGUACCGUACGUCGUGGACCCGUGGUGGCUGUGUAUCUUGCAUGACGUGACGUGGCGUCGUGGCAUGCACGUUCAGGCAGGCUUUGAGCUGCCGUAGGUAACGUAAGCCUUUGCGGUUGCUUUGGUGUAAUAAACUCCAUCACCGAGCUGUCAUCAUCAUCAUGUUCAUUGGC